CAAGCGUUAUCAGUUUAAAAAAUUAUUGCAAAAAGUGCUAAUAAACAAACUACACAAGUUCGAUAAAACAAAAGUAAAUCUAAUUUAACAUUUGAAGAAACCUUUAAAGAACAGUUAUAAAAUGGCAACUUUACCACUAUUAUUGAGUCUCAUCGAUGAAUUGGACCGCGAAUCCAAUCCCUCUUAUUAUGGCAAUGAUUUUGGUUUGGGAGUUUCACCCUAUCUCAUCCAUCAGCACUCACCACAACGUGAAUCCAGACAACCCACAGUAGCGGGUUACACUCUACCAUUGGCUUUGCUUAAUCGCAUUAGUGAACAACAAGCCUUACGCCGUGCAGCUGCUGGAGAUAAAAAAGAAUCUCGUGUUUCACCAGUGGGCAAAGAUGGUUUCCAAGUUUGCAUGGAUGUAGCCCAAUUUAAACCAAGCGAACUAAAAGUAAAGGUAGUGGAUAACUGCGUAGUUGUUGAGGGCAAACAUGAAGAACGUGAAGAUCAACAUGGUUUCAUACAACGUCAUUUUGUACGCCGUUAUGUAUUACCCAAGGGCUACGAUGCUGAUAAAGUAGUUUCAACACUCUCCUCAGAUGGUGUUUUGACCGUUAGUGUUCCCAAGCCAGUGGAAGAGGAAAAAACCAAAGAACGCAUUAUACAAAUACAACAAACUGGUCCGGCUCAUUUGAAUGUCAAGCAAAAUAGUCAAGAAAAGGUUACAACAGAUACUGCUAAUAGUUCGGGUGGAGACCAAGAAAAUAAUUAAUAAGCUAAAUAUUAAGAAUCCAUAUUGGAUUUUCAUUUUUUAAAUAAACAUAAACAUUCAUGAAUUCCAGACUGUUCCAUACAUUUUAGUUUUUAAGUAUCUUUGUUUGUUUUUUAUGUGUUGGCUUUAGAUAUUGUUCGUAGUGAAUGUUCUACGAAUUAUAAGAGAAUAUAAAGAGACAUUGAAAUAAAUAAUUAAAUUAACUAAAAGAAAGUGGA